AUGGUGGCUUGGCAACGCGCGGCGGGGCGCGGGUCCGAGUCCGAGGAGCGCGGGCCCGAGUCCGAGGAGCGCGGGCCAAGAUGCCCUUCUGAGGUUCCUUUUGAAGGGGGACAUUUUGAUUGUAUAGUUGCAAUCACUUCUCUCUUUUCUUGUGAACAGGCUCCAGAGAGGGACAGGCAGACAGAGGGCCAAAGGCUCUCGACACCUUCACUGCCCCAGCCGGCUGCGGAGAAGAGCUCCUACCUGUACUCCACUGAGAUCACACUCUGGACUGUGGUGGCCGCCAUCCAGGCCUUGGAGAAGAAGGUGGACUCCUGCCUGGCCCGCUUGCUGACUCUGGAGGGGCGCACAGGGACGGCCGAGAAGAAGCUAGCCGACUGUAAGAAGACCACCUUGGAGUUUGGGAACCAGCUGGAGGGCAAGUGGGCCGUGCUGGGGACGCUGCUGCAGGAGUAUGGGCUGCUGCAGCAGCGGCUGGAGAACAUGGAGAACCUGCUUCGCAACAGGAACUUCUGGGUCCUGCGGCUGCCCCCGGGGAGCAAGGGCGAGGUGCCCAAGGUGCCUGUGACUUUUGAUGAUGUGGCCGUGUAUUUCUCUGAGCCGGAGUGGGGACAGCUGGACGAGUGGCAGAAGGAACUCUACAAGCAUGUGAUGAGGGGCAACUACGAGACACUGGUCUCCCUGGACUAUGCCAUCUCCAAGCCUGACAUCCUCACCCAGAUAGAGAGGGGAGAGGAGCCUUGUUGUGAUGGCCAAUGGGGCCAAGAGAAGCAGAAGGAGAUGGUUCACCCAAGGAAGCUGGGAUCUGGCCUCUCUCCAGACCCAGAGCACAUGCCUGGCCCAGCCAGCCCAGCCCAGGAGGAGCCAGGAGCAGGGCAGACACCCAGGCACCAGGGGGCCUUGGAAGCAAGAGUGACGCCUCUUGGGCAGAGCACUGGGCCUCCAGCCAGCACCCACGUUGUGUCCUCGAUUAAACGGGGGGAAGACAUCUUUGGCGAGGCGUCGCCCACCUCCUCUCCCAGGGAGACCUUGCCCGACAUGGGGCCAGGUGGGGGCCGCGCAGCCAUCAAGACCGAAGGCCAAUCUGAGGACGAACUGAUGCCAGAGCAGCUAUUCCUGGGCAAGUCACCUGGCCAGGCCGAGUGUGGGGUCCCCAAAGGACCCAGGGACAGAGCUGGGGGCCCCCGCCGGCAUCACAGCGGUGAUGUGCCAAGGUUGAGGCCAGGGACCUUUCGCCCUCCUGGGGCCUCUGGAGAGCCGCUGCGCGUCCUCCCUCGCCGCCGGCAGCGGGCUUUCCUCUGCCCAGACUGCGGGCAGAGCUUCCGCUUGAGGAUCAACCUGACCAUCCACCAGCGGACCCACGCGGAGGAGGACCCUGGCGCGGCCGGCAGUGGCUCGCCCCCUGACUCGGGGGACGCCCAGCCCGCGCUAGAGCCCGGCGAGGUGGUGGCGCCCGGCCCAGUCAUCCGCUGGCUGCCCGACGAGCCCGCGGCGCGGGACCCGGCCGACUGGGACCUGGGGAGACGGCGGCCGGGGACCGCCGCGGGCAAGGUGUACCACUGCAGCGAGUGCCUGCGCUUCUUCCAGCAGCGCAAGAGCCUGCUGCUGCACCAGCGCCUGCACACGGGCGACAGCCAGGGCUGGCCCUCUUGCCCCUACUGCGGCAAGGCCUUCCGCCGGCCCUCCGACCUCUUCCGCCACCAGCGCAUCCACACAGGCGAGCGGCCCUAUCGUUGCCCGCAGUGCGGCCGCACGUUCAACCGCAACCACCACCUGGCGGUGCACAUGCAGACGCACGCCCGGGGCCAGGCGGGUCCGCACGGCGCCGCUCCGCAGGCGAGCCUGCCCUGGCCCAGGCCCGGCCGCCAGGAGGAGGGCCGCCCCCCGCCCCCAGGACCUGUGCGAGGGGAGGGCCGUUCCUUCUCCGCCUGACGCCCGAGCCUCCUCUGGAUUUUUUCGCAUUCGAAGGAGAAGCAGCGACCCCUUCGGUGACGUGUAUGACCAGGUGCCUCAGUUUCCUAGGUUGGUCACGCUUUGCUGCCUUUCCCACAUUCCUGACGGGUAAGGACCCCGAGGCUUAAGGGAGGCGGGUUUCUGGUGGGCCUUCAGCAGGCACCACAAUCGGUCACGAGGGCCAGUUUGAGGCUCCCGGGCGCGAGGCAGACACACUGGGGCCUGGGGUUUUGAUUUUGUGCAGAGGUCUUCCGCCUGAGUCAAGGUGAGAAGGCAGAGAUUUGAUUUUUUUUUCCUUUGUUAUUUUGAAACAUUUUUUUUUCCUCUUAAUAAAACUUUUCUUGUGCUUUUGUAAGUGCUGUGUGUAUUGCCAAGGGGACCAGGAGCAGCUGGGGGACGAUCAAGUCUGGGUGGCUGAUGGGUCAGCCCUGCCCUGGAAACAAGGCCGUUCUCCGGGAGCCUAGUCUCUCCCCAAAGGGUGUUCCCAG